UUCAACAACAACAGCUAGUCAGACACCACGGUAGCUUUCUAGCAAACAUAGCUACAACAUUCACGCUCUUUACACUGUUUUGGUGUAUAUUAGUCGCUGUGUAUUAAACACACUUCUGUCGUAUGUACUUGUUGGCCCAUUUAAUUAUAUAUUUACGUUGUUUGUCAGCUAGCUGGUUUGCUAAGUUAGUUUAGGACUAGGCUAGUCGCUAAUGCUAACAUCCCCGACCAUGAGCUACUCUCCUCCUGAUAAAGAAGUGGCAGUCUGCUGGACGGAGAAAGAAGGUCUCGAGGAAGAGGAGGAUGUUACAAUACAAAAACAAGUAGAAUGUGAGGCUGUUACCGUAAAAGAAGAAGAGAAAGACGUUUCAGUGAAAGCGGAAGAUGCGUUCAGAGUGAAAUAGGAGGAAGAGAAAAAGGGUGCCGUUUUUGGAGGGACAGAGGAGGAGAUGACUGUCACAUUGGAGGAAGAAGAGGAGGUUGGAGAUCGAGUGGACACCACCGACAUACAGCCAAGAAUGAUAAAGGCUUCGUUAUGGACAACUGACACAACGGGUGACUUGGAUGCAAUUCUCCCGUUCUGCAUGAACUUUUUUUCCAGCACACCGCGAACAGAGAAUCUAAACGUCCCGACACCUCCUCCGGAAACCUCAACCCACUCGCUACACAUUCCAUGUCCCAACAACCAACGCAUAACUGUAGCCCAAGUGCAUUGCGUAGAAUCACCCCGGCCCAAGAAGGGCUACAGGGCUGAAAAUGUACGGAUUCAACAACUGGCGCUCUAUGGAGACGACUCCAACGAGACCGGCCCUGCAGAAUCGGGAACGCUUGAUGAAAAAAGUCUAGAGCCCUCGUUAUCCGCGAUUCGUGAGAACAGCCAGCGCCAAAAAAGCAGAGACUCCUCCCCGGCGAAAAACGGCACAGAAGCCCACAUACAGCUGGGGGAUUCCGACUCACCGAACAUUCCCAAUGAAACAACCAAAGCGGAGGAUAUCCCUUUUUUUAAUGACAUUUCAAAGGUUGACGACCAGUUAUUCUGUGAUGCGGCCAACCUUCUUGACCCCGACAAUUCUAUGGCGUCAACAUCACGAUCUGAAAUAGAACAAGCAAGGAUUUUCACAUUCCUUUCCAGGGCUUUGAAAUCGAGGAACGCUUUGCUAUACAAACGACUGGGGAUUUGAAUUGAGAGACAGUACCGCGGCGAUAUGUUAUUCUGGCAUAGAACAAUUCCACGCAUGUUAAACAGCAAACUGAUUAAAAAACGCAAAUACAGGCGCUAAAAUCAUAUAUGUAACACGGAUCAUUCCAGAAAUACCCCAAAACGCACAUCCUUAAUUAUCCAAAUGGCAGAACCACAGGAACAAGUUGAGACAGUUGAAAGCCCCUUAGCACAGAUACCGCCAGAACUCCUAGAAAUGAUUAAAUGUAUGAACGAGUCAGGGACGCCCGAUGAAAGCAUAUUAUCACAGAUUCCAGCCAAACUCCUAGAAAUGAUUAAUCGUAUGAACGAGUCAGGGACGCCCGAUGAAAACCUGUUAUCACAGAUUCCCGAAGCCCUCAUAACCCUAAUUAAUCGGAUGAACGAGAGUCAGACAUUUUCGGCACCCGCUACACCAACAGCGACAUCCCAACCGUUAACGCCCAUGUCCGUAGAGUCUGAAACGCCACAUGAUGUUUUUGGGGAAUUGGAAAAUUGUCUAAUAAAUCUGGAGGGAGAUGGUAUUGAUAGACGUGUCCGGGUUGUGUACCGGAAUAAAUUGAACAAUACAGAGAUUCGACAGUUUUUCAAUUUCCUAUGGGUGAAUCAGAAUCUUGACUAUGCUGUGUUUUACGUAAUGAUAAUGGACACUCUGAAUGAUCUGUUAGACACGGCAAGAGAUUAUGGCGAACCACGUGAUGUCUUACAGUUGGAGAUUUGUGCAUAACACAGUUUCUCUUAUUUUACCCAAUGGCGAAGCAGAUCUUGAACAAUUUAUCGCGCUGCUAGAACGCCUUGUUCAGUCAAACUUAGCCAUCAUAGCAGAUCGGACCCUCGAGCUUGUAGUGCAAAUAAUACGUCAACCCCAGGGUGGUGGUGGGCAGAGAAGGAAGCUUGAUAGCCUAAUGCAGUCAGAAAUCAUAAGCAAUAAAAGGGCCUACCUCAUAAACGUUCACAAUCCAGAUAAUAAGCUAUGUUUUGCAAUAGGCCUAGCGCAUUUACUUAACCCUGGAUGUACUGAUCUGACGGCAUUGCAAAAAGCUAGAGAGCUCCAAAAGGCCGUGGGUCUCGGUAUACAGGAUGCUGUGGCUUUCUCUGACAUAGUCAAAUUUGAAAACUUUCUGAAUAUCAAGAUUGUGGUUUUGUACCACAGUAUCCUCAGAUUCUGUACUUUUAUGUGCAAAACUAACAUCCAUCCAUCCUGCCAUACCGGCCCCACCCGAAAGGGGGGGCACUCGUGCCGUUAUAACUGUUCAGUAUGUCAGGAUGCAGAUUGCCCAAUGCAGCCCUUAAACUUGACACCCUGUGAGGAUUGGCACCGCACAUGUCGUUCGACCUACUGUCACGAAAAACACAAAAUUGAAACAUGGCACCCCAAGGCAUGUAAUGCCCAAAAUGUCAUUGCAAUGUCAUUGCAAUUACAACCUUAAAAUAGAUAGCCCUAAACCGCAUGUGUGUGGAAUCAUAUAUUGUCCAAUCUGUAAAGGGCCUUUGAAAAGCAGAGACGCUGAAGUGGUUCAAGAAGUGCCACACGAGUGUUAUAUUCAGCCCUUGGCUGAAGAUGAACAUUCAGAGAAAUAUGUGUUCUAUGAUUUUGAGACAAAUCAGCAAUCGGGGGUUCAUUUACCUAUUUUUGUAUCUACCAUGACUUUCAAGGGGGAAAAGUGGUCGGAAGAAGGAUCCAAUUGUGCACUACUCUUUCUAAAACACUUUAGAAAACCACAGUACAGAAACUUCCUGUUUAUAGCGCACAAUGCUAGAGCCUACGACUCUUACCUUCUUCUGAACCCCUUGAUACAGCAAGGCGUGGCACCCAGUGUCAUAGCUCAAGGUAGUAAAAUCUUGUGUUUUGUAGACCCAGCCUUCAACCAGAGAUACAUUGACAGUUUAAGCUUCUUACCCAUGCGAUUGGCUCAAAUGCCAGAGGCCUUGGGUUUUGAAAACUCUGUGAAAGGCUGGUUCCCCCACUUCUUCACAUCUGAGGAGAAUCUACAUUAUGUCGGAUCAUAUCCCAGCCCAGAAAUGUACGGGUGUGAUCAAAUGUCUCCCAAAGAGCGUGAGAGAUUCAUGACGUGGUACGAAACAGUAAGACAUGGCACCUUUGAUUUCCAUAAAGAGAUGGAAUCAUACUGUGACAAUGAUGUGGUUAUACUUCAUGAAGGAUGCCUCAGAUUCAGAGAAGAGGUCAUCAAAGAUGCAGGCAUUGACCCCUGGAGUUGUACAACUAUUGCAUUGGCAUGCAUGAAAACCUAUCGUACACACUAUCUGCCUACAUCCUCUAUAGCUAUCCCCUCGCCUGACAACUACCGACGCCAAUUCAAGUCAUACUCUAGUGGGUCCAUUCAAUGGUUGGAGUAUAUGGCCCAGGAUAAAGAUAUUUUUAUUCAAC